AUGAGAGUCCAGCAGAUGCUCCAGCUCGCCGCCAUGGCCCCUCUCGCCAUGGCAGUCGACCUCUGCGACCAGUUCGCCUACCACAACGAGGCUGGCUGGUACUUCAACAACAACGAGUGGGGGUCCGGCUCCGGCUCUGGCGACCAGUGCACCCACGUCGACAGCGUCAGCUCCUCUGGCGUCUCCUGGCACACCGAGUGGUCGUGGUCGGGCAGCGAGAACAACGUGAAGAGCUACCCGUACUCCGGCCGCGAGCUCAGCGACAAGAAGCUCGUCAACACCAUCGGCAAGAUUCCCUCCGGCGCCGACUGGUCCUACAGCGGGAACGACAUCCGCGCCAACGUCGCCUAUGAUAUCUUCACGGCUGCCGAUCCCAACCACGAGAUCAGCAGCGGCGACCACGAGCUCAUGAUCUGGCUCGCCAGACUCGGCGGUGUCUACCCCAUCGGCCAGUCCACUGGUACCGUCCAGGCUGCCGGCCGCAGCUGGGAGCUCUAUGUCGGCUACAACGGCGCCAUGAAGGUCUACAGCUUCAUCGCCCCCGAGCAGAUCAACAACUUUGACGGCGAUGUCAAGGAGUUCUUCAACGUCAUCACCGAGCAGCAGGGUUUCCCCGCGGACAGCCAGCACCUCAUCACCCUCCAAUUCGGUACCGAGCCCUUCACUGGCAGCAACGCCCGGUUCGACGUCCACCACUGGAGCGGUAGCGUCGAGUAG